GCAUAUAUGGUCAAAGUAGUGGAAUGGAUUGGUGGUUUUUAUUUGUAUUGUUAUGAAAUAGUGAUAUAUAUGUGUAGGGUUAGUUGGUGGUGCAAUAUUUUAUUUUCCUUCCUUUUUUAAUUUGUUUCACAAAAUGUAACAUGAUUGAACACCAACUCCCGAACAGUAGUUGGCCGCAUUCACAAACAAAAUGUGCAAACGCUAUGAUACUAAAGAAGAAGAAGACAAGAUUGAGUGGGACAGACUUUUUUCUUUUUUUUUACAUGAGAAGCUCACUUUCACGUUAAACUCGUCAUCUUCUCUUAUCAGCAGGAUAUAAUAUAGAGAGUUACAUUGUAACAUGGCUACUUCCUUGAAAAGCGUGCUUGAUGUAGGAAAUGGAGGCACUGCAGAGGAAGAACAAAAAAGGCUUCCAUACCGUGAUGCUAGCGAGAGCGCAGAUGAAACAAGGGAAGAACAACCAGAACCACCUGUUCCUGAUUGUCAGUCCAUGAAGAGUGAUAAAUCCAUGCUUCUUCCACUAGUUUUCAACGGUGUCUGCCCAACCUAUGAUGGCAGGAGCCAGUCUCUGGAGACAAACUCCUCAGUGUGUAGUUCAGAUGGCUGUGAGAUGAAUUCACAAGGAUCUGUUGUUACACACCAAAGACGGAAGUGUGACAUAUGUGUGGGGCGCAUUCACAAAGCUGUGAAGUUCUGCAAAGUUUGUAAGGCUGUGUACUGUGAGGACCAUAUUAGAGAUCACUACAUGGCCCCAGGACUAAGGAAACACACAGUAGUGGAUGCCACUGAUGACCACGGCCAUGUUGAAAUAGAAAGGACUUCGACUCAGGUUGGCUUAUGGAAAAAGAAUGUAGUCCUUUUCUGCAUCCUCAUACUUAUACUUCUGGGUCUGGUGGGAGGACUUUGGUAUCAUAUGAGUCCCAGAGUGGAGGGUAAGGGGAGACUUGACAUGAGGAUUGUUCUGCUGGGUAAGACUGGAUCAGGGAAGAGUUCAACAGGAAACACCAUCCUGGGGAGAGAGGCGUUUCGAGCAGAGGCUUCUCCAGUGUCUGUGACCACACAGUGUGAGAAACACAAUGUUGUUAUUGGUCAGAAUAUAAUAACUGUGAUUGACACUCCAGGUAUCUUAGGCACAUUGUUGCAACCUGAGGAAGUUAUGGUUAAAACUGCUGAGUGCAUUAACACCACACCUCAUAUCUUCCUAUUGGUGAUCAGGCUGGAGGAAUUCACAGAUGAGGACAGAAAGUCAGUACAAUGGAUCCAGGAACAUUUUGGAGAGGAGGCUUUAAAGUACACGAUCGUUCUGUUCACUGGGGUAGACCAGCUAGAGGGGAAGUCAGUACAGAUGUUUAUACAGGGCAGCAGCCAUCUACUACAAGUCAUUAACAGUUGUGGGGACAGAUACCAUGUAUUUAACAACAAGGACAAGAAUGACAACACUCAGGUCUCAGAGCUGCUAGAGAAGAUAGAUGAAUUACUGAAUGGGUAUAGGGGUUAUCAUCAUGAGGCAGACUUGCUGACACAGGAAAGGGUUAGGGAAGAGGACAUCAGGAAGAGGGAGAGGGCUCAGAUACUACAAGAGGAGGGGAUAAAGAGGGAGGCAGCAGAAAGAGAGAUUAGAAAGGAAGAGGAGACAAAGAGAAAGGAGCUAAAUGAUCUGGCAUUGAAGGCUAUUGAAAAAUCGACAGAGAAAAUCUCAGAUUCAGACAUGAAGUUUAAACUGACAAUCAUUGUUGCAACAAUCAUCACUCUUAUCAUAAUUUGGUGCGGUAAGUCCAAGGUAGAUAGAAUGCAGGAAAAAAAUAUGAUAUCAAUACAGAAUGAACAGAAACUGGAGAAGGAAAUUAGACGUAUUAAAGAGGAAUAUGAAAAGGAAAAGGAAAAGAGGGAGAAGGAAAUCAGAUUGUUGAAAGAAGAGCUAAAUAGAAAGGUAAAGGAAGAAGAAAAAGAGGGAAUGAGCACAAGUUUUUCCCAAGAUAUUUUUAAAUGUUGUUAAUUUAGAGGAAAUAAUGAUCAGAUCAACAAAAACAAUAUGACAAUGAAGAGAAACAGAACAGAAAGAAAACAGACAACACGGAACAUAACAAAAGGCAGUACAAAAAUACAAUACAAAAAUACAAUACAAAAAUGUACAAGAAAAAAAUGUACAAGAAAAAAAUGGUUAAGAUAAUAGCAGUCACUGGAGGGCUGUGCCCUUUCUCUGUGGCAGUAGUAGUCCCAACAAUAGUCACAGGGUCACAGCAGUCACAAUUGUCAAGAAUUGCACCUGACAUGUAUGUUGUGUCCGGAUUCAUGGACUUAAUGGUCUAUACUCUGCAGAGACAGUAGAUAUAGAGCGCAAAAGGGCCAGGACCUUGUAAUAUGCUCGGGCAUUUGAAAAACGUUUACUUCCUGAAAAGUGGGACACUUUCCUUCAUUGUGGAGCCGUGGGGCCAGUGUUGUGUCUUGGUUCCUUGAUCUGAUCUACAGUAUAAACUAUGCAUCAAAGUAGCAUAAUCUGCAUUGAUCACCAAAUAUAAUCUCAGCGACUGUUCACACAAUAAACCAAACAUUGUAGCCUUGUUAGAAUCCCCUCCAAAAUGUAUUUAGUUGAGAAGUAAGGGACAGAUGGCAUUUUACUGGGGGAGGGGUGGUCCAAAAUAGUGGAGGGUUGUCAAACUUGUUUUUUUUGUUGCUCUGGGGUUUUAUUGGGCACAGGGGAGGGUAAUGCAUUCCCCCCUGGUUUAAAUUCACUAUUUGCAGGUUUUACUAUAACUUUUCUUCCAUCCUUGAAACAUUUCUGGAGACAUGAGACGGCUCAAAAAGCACCCAUAUUGAUCUUGUUUUGGGACAAUCAAUUACCUACCUAGACUAGCCUACAGAACAACAAUGCAAUGAAUAAUUGCAUUAUUGUUUUCAAGUGAGUAAAAAAUCCUACUCUAGGCUGGGUGAAAAUGUCAUUUAAAUAACGACGGAAAAACAAAAGUGAAUUUGAUUUGGAUCCGUUGUGGGUCUAUACCAGAGUGGGCACAUUCGCUAUACUGUACCUAUGCAUAACGUUUUUAGUGGCAAAACCAUCAGUGGGCCUGGAGUUGAAAAUGCAAUGGAAACCCAUUUAGCUAGUUUUUUUUUAUUGUUAUGGGAAUUUAACCUCAAGUUAUUUGUAUGUGCACCACAUAUUUAUCUCUGUAAUGUGUAUCUAUCUAUGUAAAUGUAUGUGUUUAUGGAAAUAGGGACCACAAUGGAAAUUAAUAUGUUUCCUUUCAUUAUGUGUUGACGAAUUCAUAAAAAUAUUUACUGCCAUUGUAGUAAGGUUGGCAAUACGAGAGAUCUUCAGACUUGCCUUUUUUUGUUAUUUUCCUUGAAAGAACAACUUGUGGGUUUUGAGUGCUUCUCCCCUAUUUAGAUUUUUUUUAAAUUGAUUUAACCUUUAUUUAACCAGGCAAGUCAGUUAAAAACAAAUUCUUAUUUAUAAUGACGGCCUACCACAGCCAAACCCGGACGACGCUGGGCCACUUGUU